AUGGUUCAAACACCAAGCAAAGCGAAUAUCUCCAACAUUCGUCAAAGAGUUUCAGUAAGCAAAUCUUCAACUUCUACCUACAAGUCAGGUUACAUCCUAGUAACUGACAAUGGUAGCUCAGCUUCACUCCCCUCUGUGGUUGACCCAACAAGCAAAACCUUGGAUAACAACCAAGCUGGUUCUGAAAAGAACCUUGAUGCUAUUUUCAACGCCAUCACUUCUUUGGGUGAGAGAAUAAAGCAUCUUGAAGCUGUUCCUCCUAUUCUGCAACAAGCUAAUCAACUUGAUGAAGACCUUGAUGAGGAAUCCGCUGAUGAGGAUUUCACUGGUAAACAUUGGGGUCUAACUACUAUCAAGGAGAUUAGACGUAACUACGAAGUUGGUGAUAGACUAUCCGAUGGAGAUGUCAUAAGUUUUGUCUCAACCAAAACACUUCGUCAUUACUCUUCCAAUGAGGCGUUGUUGAAUAGAGUUCAAGUUUUGAUGGCUCGAUUUGAAUCUGUCAUUCACAACUCUCGUAACUAUCCUCGUCUACAAGAAAUUCAAUCCAAAGGCUUGCAAAAGAUGAUGGAAAUGUUACAUUUGAAGUCUAAAUUAUAUUAA